UUUGGCAUGCUAUAAAAUCACGGCUAGAAAAAGUUGAUGUAAGCUAUGAUUUGCAAUGCUAGUCCUUGCACACUCACGCUCCGCACGUUAGGUGAAUAGCAUUAUGAACGAUCAGCUGUUUACCAGUUUACGUCCAACAACGGAAGCAAACAUGUUACCACUAAUGAUCCAUUCCACGCUAAGCCACGCCCGAAAACCGCCCCAGGCCAAUAAUGUUUAGCAACCGUAACUAGGCGCGGGAGGCAGAGGCGAUUCUAGGGUUAGAGCUUUAGGGGUGCUGAGCACCCAAUGAGCUCCGCUGCCACCACCCGCUCUUUUUUCCUACAGAAACCAAUUAUGUCUAUUGUUAAAUAGCUAUCAUUUUAACAUUGGUUCUACUAACUCCAAAAUAAAGAUUUUUUUUGGAGACCUUUCAGGCAUGAAAAUGGGUCAGGGGUGAAAAAGAUGAGUAGAAUAUUACCCCUCUAGGGUCCGGGAGCAUGCUCCCCCUUAGAAUUUUUUUUAAAAUAACAUAUUUUAAAGCAUCAAUCUGAUGAGUUUUCAGAUGCAUUUUUUUUGCCAACCUUUUUAUUUCUAAUUAAUGGUGAGCUAGCACAUUUUUGCCAUUAAUGCCAUAUUAUAGUCUCAGGACAAAAGGUGGGCUACAGCAGCAGUGUGGGUAUGGUUUUAUGUGAAUAUACAGUGUAUCGUUUUAACUAACCUUUAUCAAAAUGUCAAAUCUCCUAAUUUAUAACUUUUAUGCCUACAACAUAUGGUAGGUUUAUUAAUAGUUUGUUAAUUUGCAUCUUUUCUUUUAACAGUCCUUAAAUUGAACCAUUACCUUUACUAUAUGUCUAAAACAAAACACUUGUGACUCCUGCACUAAGGGUUAAAAACGUUAUCCCCUUCAUAUUAGUCUACAUGUGACAAACUAAAAAAUAUUUAUUGUCUAGUUUGAUAGUCAGACAGUUUGUGAUUUCACACAUAACUUACCGGUAGCCUACUGGUGGUAUACAGUGAUAUGUAGUUUCUUUUCACUCUGUUCCAAACGCCAUGUUUUCAUGACGACUGACCAGAAAAGACGCACGUGAUGUUUACAUGACUCCCGAUUGUUAAAAUGAGUCUCAAAUUAACGAUAAAUCAUACAAUAAACUUUAACAACGGAGACACACGUAUGCAACUUCCCCACUGAGACGCACAAAACUGCAUGCGUCUUGCGGAAGAACAUUGUAACCGGCGCUACUUCUCUCCGUUUAAGUCUAUGGACGAGUCACCCAGGUACUGUACUACUCCGCAGCGCGCGGGUACCCGCCGGACUAAAAUAAUCCGAAAAUAAACACUUAUUAUACGUGUACCAUGGUGAUUCAUUAUAAGACAAAAACACGGCUUGAAAGAUUGAUUCGUGAUGUACUGGCUCAUUAUAAACAUAACGUAAACAUUUUGUAAGAUUUGAACAAAAAAGUUGCAUCACAACACUUUUAACUGAUUCUCACUCUGCGUGUGUUUCGCGCUGAAUGACGGACGGGGCGAUGCAGGUACAGAGAAGUAGAAGAGGAUGACACCAUUUGCUAAGGGGGGAGGUUUUCAUUUUCUACCUUAUUAUACAUUUUAAACCACAAACUACGGAGUAUGUUUUGGACAUUAUUUAACCUGGUCAAAGACGAACGAACAUUUUAGAAUAAUAAAAUUUCUUGCCCCAAGUUUUAGGGGUGCUGAGCUCCUUUUUAGGGGUGCUGAAGCACCCUAAAAAGGGGCUAGCCUCGCCCAUGGCGGGAGGUCUGUCAAGCUCUCGAGCGGGGGAACAUGCCGAAGCGUUGUGCGUAUGGCUUGUGUAAAUCUGAUACCAGGUAUCCCAAAAGUUUGGAUGGAGGGGUGGAAUUUUUUCCCUUCCCGAAACCUAAAACCCAAGGGGAGAAAUGCCGGACGUGGAUCACGCAGUGUGGAAGGCCACAUUCACAACUAAAUGUCGACAGGAUUAACAAAAACACAUACGUUUGCUCCAAGCAUUUUGUUAAUGGACGUCCUACUCCCGAGGACCCCAAUCCGAUCGCGGCUCUCCCGGGUUUAAUGUUAGUUCCAGAGAGGGGACAUCAGGGGGCUUGCCAGAGAUCUUCAAGGAAAAGAUUGCGUGAUGAAGAUCUUUCAGUUUGCCGUAAAAAAAGAAGAUUGGAGACGUUAACUGAUGUGCCUGCAUUGCAAACAGAGGAAAGUGAGAGAAAUUCAUCUCAGUCCAGCCAGGACCGUCAGUCCACAGAUAAAGAUGAAGACAUGGAGGUGGCAGAGAUCUGCUAUGAAGUUCCUUUUCCAUCUCAGACAGAUGAAUUGGCACAGACUGAACUAAAAUCAGAAGUCCAGAUAAAGUUGGAAGGACAAGCAAGGUUAGAAGACCAGCUAAAGUCAUCAGUCCAGAUAAAGUUGGAAGAACAAGCAAGAUCAGUGGACCGGCUAAAGACAUCAGUCCAGAUAAAGUUGGAAGAACAAGCAAGAUCAGAAGACCAGAUAAAGAUGGAAAACCAGAUAAAAUUGGAAGGACAAGCAAGGUUAGAAGACCAGCCAAAGUCAUCAGUCCAGAUAAAGUUGGAAGAACAAGCAAGAUCAGUGGACCAGCUAAAGACAGAACAGCAGCUUAAGUCGGCAGUCCAGAUAAAGUUGGAAGAACAAGCAAGAUCAGAACACCAGAUAAAGAUGGAAGAACAAACAAGGUCAGAGGACCAGCUAAAGACGGAAGACCAAAUAAAGUCAUCAGUCCGGAUCAAGUUGGAAGAGCAAGCAAGAUCAGAGGACCAGCUAAAGAUGGAAAACCAGAUAAAGUUGGAAGAACAAGCAAGAUCGGAAGACCAGCUAAAGACUGAAGACCAGAUAAAAUCAGAAGUCCAGAUAAAGUCAGAAGACCAACUUAACCAAGAUGUCUGCAAUGGUUUUGUUGCUUCAGCAUUAGGCAAUGGAGAUAUUAAUCCACGGAUUUCUACUUUAACCACUAAAAAAGAAAUAAAAGAAGAACCAGUAGAGACUGAAGUACAACCAGAAAACAGACUUGAGAUCAGCAUGGACUCUGUUACUACAUCAGACAAAAUCACUCCCAGUUUUGUUCAGACUGUAAACCCAGUGACCGUGCAAGUAAAAGAAAAACCCCCAAAAGAACCGCUGGUGCCUAAUUUCACAGGACUGUUAAGGACCUGCUUUCAAUGUGGGGAGCCAGUACAGGAAUGUACAACCGGAUCAUCCGGGAGUCUCAACCAACUUCAGUGGAAAUGUUCAAAUGGACACUGCAUAAUUCUUUUCUCCAACAGCAAUCUAACACAGACACAUACACAUCCGAGCUAGUUUAUAUAAAGUUUGAGUGUCAUUUAAAUAAAAGUUUACUUUAAUAUAACAUCUCACCAGUGGAAAUGUGCAAAAGUAACAGAUGCAUGUAGAUUUUGUAAAGUUGGAUGAAAAAUAAAGGUUUACUCUG